CCCAGUGCCCAGCCAUGGCGUGCCCCCUGGAUCAGGCCAUUGGCCUCCUCGUGGCCAUCUUCCAUAAAUACUCGGGCAGGGAAGAUGACAAGAACACUCUGAGCAAGAAGGAGCUGAAGGAGCUGAUCCAGAAAGAGCUCACCAUUGGUGCGAAGCUGCAGGAUGCUGACAUUGCAAAGCUGAUGGACGACCUGGACCGGAACAAGGACCAGGUGGUGAACUUCCAGGAAUAUUUGAAAGAUUUGUAUGUUUAA